AUCCUUUUUGUGAGUAAGGUUCAAGGUAAAGUUCGAUAUUAUUGUUUCUUAUCCAUAUCAAACGGUGGCCAUCGGCUCUCCUCAUGCUCUGAGAUGCUUCAUUGCCAUCGUAAAGGCUUGUGGAAACGGAGGAGGCAUGGUCUUCUCAGCCAAAAAAUAGCAUCGAUUUUUAUACUCAUGGGAGACAGCGAGACUCUCAUCAUGGGGCCUGAUAUUCGAAGGUUGACUGAAUGACAUCAAAAUGGCUCCGCGUGAAUUAGUAGAAGGUGUGUCCCGUAUACGAAUCAGUUGCCUCUUUUCCAGACGGCCUGGACACCUGCAGGAUAACGGUGUCUCGUAGUUCUGUUGACAUCGUUGGCCCCACUGUACAACUAGUUGUAUCAUCAUUUCAUACGCCGUCUUGUCCCUCAAAUCUUGGAAAUGUCUUCACGCUCGGGUUCGUAUAUGGAAAAGGAUCGCGCAGCUCAGAUCAAUGGAGGUGACCCAGCAAUUGUGGUGAACGGCCCUUUCCAUCAAUCGGAUAUCGAUAGAAUGCAGAGAAAACUGGGCAGAGGUCAUAUUCAAAUGUCUAUUGCAGGCACCAUUGGAACAGGACUGUUCCUUGGCCUUGGAGAAAUUCUGGCUGCUACUGGGCCAUUAGGGAUGAUUCUGAUAUAUAUUCUGGUUUCUUCCGUUGUUUAUGCUACCUUAGCGUCCUUGGCAGAAAUGACCGCUUUCGCACCCAUAUCUGGGACAUUCCCUCAUUACGCUGCGCGCUGGGUUCAUCCUGCCUUGGGUUUCGCUAUAGGAUGGAAUUAUUUUUACAAUGCUGCCAUAACGGUGCCUGCCGAAAUUACAGCUUGUGCUGUCUUGAUUGGUUUUUGGGAUAGCAAUCUGAAUCAUACAGCAAUCUACAUAGCCGUAAUAUGCAUUCUACUAUUCGCGAUCAACCUGUUCGGUGUUCGAGUGUUUGGCCAUUCCGAGGUUUUCUUUGCAACCUUGAAACUCAUGCUCUUGGUUGGCUUGAUCAUCGGAGGUAUAGUGGUAACCUCGGGGGGUGGGCCCGAUCAUCAAAGACAUGGGUUUCAGUACUGGCGCAAUCCAGGGCCUAUGGUAUCAUACCUUGAUGCAGGCAAUCGUGGACGAUUCGUUGGUCUUCUAGUAGCAGUUGUGCCAGCAGCAUUUUCAAUGGGAGGUGUAGAACUUAUCGCUAUUUCAGCCGCAGAAACUCGCAAUCCUCGUCGCAACAUCAUCAUGGCAAUGCGCACCAUUCUUUUCCGAAUAAUCUUCUUUUAUAUCUUAUUGGUGUUUAUACUAGGCUUACUGGUUCCCUCAAACGACCCAGCGUUGUUCCACCAAUGCUCCAGGAAAGCCAGUACCACGGGUCAGUCCCCAUUUGUCUUGGCCUUUAACCGCGCCGGGAUCCAAACUCUACCAUCUGUUAUCAAUGCAGUGGUGCUAUCCAGUGCCUUUUCAUCAGGAAACAGCUUGCUAUACGCGGCUUCAAGGAUUUUAUACGGCCUGGCAGUUCGAAGGCAAGCGCCUAGGAUAUUUGCGAAGUGUACAGCCUCUGGCACUCCAUGGGUGGCGAUUUUAGCUGCUGGAGCAUUCGCCCUCUUAUCCUUCCUGAAUGUUCAAUCGGCAGCUGGGGAAGUUUUCAACUGGUUUGUCAACCUGUCUACUGUAGGCGGCCUUUUAGGAUGGGGCACCAUGAACUUGACGUACCUUCGUUAUUAUCAUGGUCUUCGCGUGCAAGGGAUCAAUCCGGAGGGAAUAUAUAGGUCACCCCUACAACCCUUCGCGGCGAUGUGGGGUCUCUUUUGGGUUGUGUUCUUCAUUCUCAUUAGCGGCAUUUCGGUGUUCUGGUCAUUUAACGCUUCAGAUUUCGUCGCCGCUUAUAUUAAUUUACCUAUUUUCGCUGGCUUGUUCCUCGGGUUUAAGAUAUUCAAGAAGACAAAGAUGCACCCCUUAAAAGACUUGGACUUCGUCACUGGCAUUCCGACUUUGGAGGAGACAGAGAAAGACGGGGCGCUCGUGAAGGAUAUAAGCAUUGCGGGGAAGAUCAAGGAACUGAUCUAA